AUUAUCCUAGUAAUUUCCUGUAAUUAUGCAACACUAUUAAAUAAAAUGUAGCUCAUAGUGCACUGGUCUACGUUUUAGAAUGUGUUAAUGUAUGGGUACGAGGGUUGUGAGUUCGAAUCUGCAUAACCAAAAAAAUCAAACAUAUUCUAACAUAAUGGAUUCUCAAUUGACAAAUAAUAAGAAAAGUUUGCGCAGAUCAGUAAGAGUGAUUACCCCUGACCAGAUCAAAAAGUUAGGAUUGGAUGUGACAUUGAGGAACUUAAUUAAUAGGCAAACAGGAAGUCAAAAUGGUGAAGGAAAAUUGGAGAAGGCAGCAAAUAAUAAUAUAACUGAAGCAAAAUUAAAGAUUUCCAUUCAUAAAAGUAAUAAUAUUGAUGAAAAAGUUCCACAGCAAGUAAUUGAAUCAGGGACUAAAUCAGUUGAUUCAGUAGAUGCUUCACAGAAAUCUUCUAGGAGAAUCAGUAAUAAAAAUGUAAAUAUAAUUAAAGCCACUAGAAAUAGAGCAAAUCUGAAAGGCAAUUAUGAGAGUGAAGACAAUUGUAAAGGAGAGGAAUCUCCAAGCCGAAAAUUAAGAAGUAAUACAAAGGCUGAUAAUAUAGUAAAACCACAAGAUGUUGAUGUAAAAAAUGCAGACAAAAAUGUAGAUUUUACUGAUAAAAUUAAUUUAAAAGAAACCAAGAAACAUGAUUUAUUAACACCUGAAGAUAUUUCUACACAGCCUACAGUUCCUAUUGAAGAUUCUGUUGCAAAUGAUAAUUUAGAAAAUAUAAACCUUUCAGAGGUGGCAGAUAUAAAAAAAUCGGAAUCUUUGAAAGAACGUGAUAUUAAUUAUAAAGAAAAUGAAGAUAUAGUUACAAACUCAGAAAGUUUAAAGAAUGCUACAACUGAUGGUGCUAAUAAAAUUGAGGAAAAUAGAAUUAAAUUACCAAGUGUAACCAGAAAAAAGAGAAUUUCAAGUGAGGCAGUGAACAAGAUAAAAUUAAGCAGAAAUAAUAAUAAGAAGAAAGAAAUACAUGAAUUUGAAAAUGUUGAUGAAAAUGUGGCAAAAGAAAAACCACAGGAAAAAGAUGAAAUUUCAAGUGUGAAAGAGCAAUCUUUAACAGAAACACCCAGCAAGCCAAAUUUAAAUAAAACUGAUACAGAAGAACCUAGUAAAAUUGAUGUGAGUGGAGAUAGUGCAAAUGAAAAUAUUAGCAGCAUUGAUUUACCAAGUGUAUCUAGAAAAAAGAGAAUUUCAAGUGAAGCAUUGAACAAGUUAAAAUUAAGCAGAAAUAAUAAGAAGAAAGAAAUACAUGAAUUUGAAAAUGUUCAUGAAAAUGUGGCAAACCAAGAAACACAGGAAAAAGAUGAAAUUUUAUGUGUGGAAGAGCAAUCUUUAAAAGAAACACCAAGCAAGCCAAAUUUAAAUAAAACGGAUACAGAAGAACCUAGUAAAAUUGAUGUGAGUGGAGAUAGCGUAAAUGAAAAUAUUAGCAGCAUUGAUUUACCAAGUGUAUCUAGAAAAAAGAGAAUUUCAAGUGAAGCAUUGAACAAAAUUAACUUGAGAAGAAAUAAUAAUAGGAAAAAGGAAACACUUGAUUUUGAAAACGUUGAUGAAAAGGCACUGAAAAUAGAUGAAAGUAUUGAGCAAAAAGAAAUUAAAUCUUCUGCAAGUUCAAAUAUUGCUGUUAUUGAUAAACCUACUAAAAUUGCUGCUGAUGAACAGGGCACAUUAGAAGAAGAUAUAAGAAAAGAUAAGCCAAUGGAAAUGAUCUAUGUAGAACAAGAUCAAUCUAUAAUUGAAACACCUAGCAAGUCUCAAAGUUUAAAUAAUCCUGAUUCAGAUACACCUAUAAUUGCUGUGACUGAAAAAGAUGCAAAAGAAAAUGUAAGUAAUUUACGAAGUGGAACUAGAAAGAAGAGGAUUUCAAGUGAAGCGUUGAAUAAGAUACAUUUGAGAAGAAAUAAUAAUUCGAUAAAAGAGAGGCUUGAAGUGGAAAAUGUUGAUGAAAAUAUAAUAAGAGAUGAAAGUUCAUGUAUAGAACAAAAAGAUCAAUCUGUAAUUGAAACGCCUAGCAAGUCAACAAGUUUAAAUAGUAUUGUUACUGAUGUAACCACUAAAAUGAAUGUUGUUGAAAAGGGUUUAAAUGAAAAUGCAAGUAAAAUUAAUUUACCAAGUAUAUCAAGGAAAAAGAAAAUUUCGAGUGAAGCAUUGAAUAAGAUAAACGCAAGAAGAAGUAAUAGCAAAAAGAAAGAAAUACUGGAAUUGAAAAAUGAUAAUGAAGUAAUAGUUAAAGAAACUCCAAUGGAAGUUGAUAGUCCAUGCAAGGAAAUAAAAGUUCAUUCAUUAAAUGAAAUUCCAAGCGAGUCAACAAGAUUAAAUAAUGAAAUUAUUGAUAAAUCAACUGAAAUUGCCGUUAUUGAAGAAAACAUCAAAGAAAAUACUAGCAAUAUUGAUUCACCAAGUUUAGAUAGAAAAAAAAGAGUUCCCAAUUUAGCAUUGAAUAAGAUAAAUUCGAGAAGAAAUACUAAUAAACAUAAGGACAUACAUGAAUUGGAUAAAGUUGAUGAAAAUAUAGAAACAGAAAAACAGAUGGAAAUGAAUGAAAUUUCAUGUGUAAAGCAACAUAAUGAAUCUUUAAUUGAAACGCCUAGCACAACUAAAAUUUGUGCAGAUAAUUCUACUGAAAUUACUGUUGUUGAAAUGGGCACAACUAAAAAUACAAGCAAAGUUAAUUUAACAAGUGCAUCUAAAAAAAAGAGAAUAUCAAUCAUAAAUAGUAACAGGAGGGUAGAAGCUCUUGAUACCGAAAAUGACGAUGAAAAAUGUAAUUCUGUUAUAAGGCCGAAUAUAGAGAACACUGAAGAAGUUGAAAGUUCAGAUGAUGACAAUAGGUUGGUAAUUGAUGAAAAUACUUCAAAUGAUAAAUGUAAACUCACUGAAUCUGAAGAAAAUGUUGGUCUGAAUGAUUCCAUAAACCUAAAUAUUUCAUGUACUUCAAGUCAAAUAAUUAUAGAGUCAAAAAAUCAAGUCGAAGCAAAAAAUUUAAAUGAUUCUUCACAUCAAAAUAAUUCCACCGAAAUAAAUAAACGUUCUAGGAUAAAAGAACAAGUUGAAACAAAACUGGAUUUGAAUAAUUCUUCGAAUUUAAAUAAUUCAAAUAAUUUGGAAAAACGUAGACGAUCAACAAGACAAGUAAAUAACUCAAAUGCAACAAGUAGAACUUCCAAGAGGAAUUCAAUAAGCAAAACAAAAGACAUUGUUGUUGAAGCUGAAAUACAAAAUGCGAAAGCUCAUCAGAUAAACGAAGCAAAACUUGAAAAAAUAAAACUCAAAUCUGAAAAUAAGAAAGAUAAUGCAUUUUUGAAAUUAGAAGAUGAUAAAGUGUCAAAAAAAGAUGAUAAUAUAAAUAAUAGAGGUGAUGAACAACCUAAUGACUUAGUCGUGGAAAACGCUAAUGAAAAACGAAACAAAAUAGCGACAGGCCGAAAAAAAAUAUGUACUUCAGAAAAUAAAGUAACUCUAGAAGGUAAAGAUAUAUUACAAUGUGAAGAAAUGAAUGUAAAGCGCAGCAAAAGAACCUCAGUGAGGCGAAAGGAAGGUGACAAGUCAAUAAAUGAAGACAGUGAUUGUAAGUUGCAACAACCACCGUUGGUGGUUUUAAGCAUCGAUGAUACAUUUAGUGAGAACAUUAAGUCUAAAGAUGAUGAACCGGAACCGGAAAUUAAAGGAACCUGCAAGAAAGUAUCUGAAAGGAUAAAAGAUACUAUGGAUGAUACAAACGCAAAAGUUAGUAAUACUAAAUUAAAAGAGUCUCUUAUAAAAUCAGGCGCAACGGAAAACGAAGUUAAUGUUUCAGUAAAUGAAAUAAAUAAAUGUGAUAAAAAGAGAUUUUCUGGUUCAUCAAAAGUUACACCGUCGAGGAAGAAUGCUAAUAAGAAUAGUUCGAACGAUAAUGAAAUUAAACCUGUGCAAAAGAAAAUAACAGAUUUCUUAAUUUUCAAAGAAAAACCGAAACCGGAUAUUGAAACAAACGUUGCUAAAUGUAGAAAACGCAAAGCAUCUAUUGACAUAAUAGAGUGCGAAUCAGAUGAACAUGAUGAUGCAGCAAAAAAUAAAUCAGUUAAUGAUGAAACAGAAUCUAAAAACCAAAUUGAUAAUACAAAAGGUUUAAAGACUCGAUCCAAAAAAGCAGUUGCCAAUAUUGAAGACGACCAAAUCAAGAACAAAAAUAAAUGUACUACAAGAAAAUCUAAACGAGUCAAGUCUGAACCGGAUUUGUUUAAAGGAAACGAAAACGAAAUGGAUAAAGAAACAAACAAUGUAGCAGAACCUGAUACUGCCAAUGUUAUAAAUGAUAAAGAUACUAUUGCGUUGAAUUCAAAAGGUAAUAAGAGAAAACGAUCAAAUAUUGACGAUUUCUUAAAUCCUACUAAAAAACUAAAAGAAAACAGCUCAGAAAAUGUAAAGAAUGAUGAAGUUAAAUCUAUAUUUGAAAUAUACAAUACUGGUGCCCAGCAUAAAAAAUUAACACAACAUUAUUCAAGUGAAUUGAAACUGAUGUAUGCUGAAUUGUUAAAAAAACCAGGUCGUAAAUUUGGUAAAAUUUCUGGUACAGUUGUUUGUGCGUUGUGCGACCAAAGUUUUAAUAACUCUCUUUGGACGACUCACAAAUUGAAGCAUAAUAAUUUAGCAUGGCGCGUUGGCGAACAGCCAUUGAGUUUAGAACCUCCUGUGAUUACAAACAUAUUAAAUGCAAUGUACAAGGGCCGCAACAAAUUAUGUUGUCACAGGUGCAACGAAACAAAAAAAUCGGUAUUUGGUUUUUUAUGUCAUUUUGUAGCUUGUGGAAAAAGUGAACAAGAAGUGGAAGAAAUGAAAGUUACAUGUGAAGUUUGCGCAACUAAAAUAUUGCCAUAUUUAUAUUGGUUACAUUACAAAAUUCAUAUGAAGCCAGAAAAAACAGAGCCUAUUACGACCGAAGAUAAUGAUAUUACAACAGAAUCACCAUAUAAAUCACGAGUUGCUGCUAAAAAGGCAAAUGCUAUGAUCAAAUCUGUCAGCAAUUAUUUGAAUGGAGCUGAUGAUCGAUAUUUCGUUAAAAAUGUUUUUAAAAAGUCAGACUUGGAUGUUGUUUUAAAUAAGGAAAUUUCAUCUAAAGGAUUUGUGCUUUGUCCAUUUGAUGGUUGUGAGGCGAAAAUGGAAAAUGUUGAUAAAAUUAUUACACAUUUUGAGGAAUGCACGUAUAAACCCGAAGAGGUAUACAUGUGCAAAAAGUGCUUUCAUUACAAUAAGGUAAGAGCAGACAUGAUAAACCAUGUCCAAGUGCAUCAGAAGAAAACGAAGCGUAAAAACGAUGACGGCGAAUUCAAUGCAAAUGCUAGUGAUUCGUCUGAGGACAGUGAUAAUGAAGAUAAUAAUAAAUCUAUUACUACUAAUAAAAGUAAAAAUAACCAAAGUGUUUCUAAAUCUUAUAAGUUCGCUUUUUUGGGCCAGAAAUACAACAAAUCAUCUCUGUAUGGAGCAUUGUGCAACAGAAAUUACGUAUGGAUGUUGCAAUUCUGUAAAGAUAAUUUUAAUGAUAAAAAAAUAUUUAUGAAGUUUGCGUUUUCGAGCAAAUAUGUAAAUGCAAUGGAUCCGGUGGAUAUAAGCAAUUACUUGCCAACAAUUAAACGUUCUAUCAAUAUGCAGCAGAAUAUUAUAGAUUUUUGUCAAAAUGAGCCAAAGUUAAAGGAAAAUUGUAAAAAAUAUAAAUUGUUUGAAACGGAGAGUAACCAGACAAGUACAAAUAUAUAUUGCGGAGGCCCAAUAAGUGCAACAACUUGGGCUCCAACUCCAUAUGACUCUGACACAUACAACCAAGUGUUAGCAGUUGCAUUGAACUUAGAUGCUGAGAAGAGGUACACUUUCUCUGAGAUUAAUACCGAUAAAGGUUUACUGCAAUUCUGGAGUUUUGGGAAUUUGAAUUCUCGGACAUUAAAAGAUGUGCUGGAACCGGAAUUAGCAUUUUGCAUCGGACAUAAUUAUGGGUAUGUUACCUGUAUGGAAUGGUGUCCUUCUGGGUGUUACGAUGAAGAUAGAUUAGGAUUGCUCUGCAUAUGCUGUUCCGAUUCUUUCGUUUAUGGAUUAUCUGUAAGCCAGCCAAGUAGAGUAACUAGCAAAAUGCUUAACGCUAAGCCGGCGUUUAAAUUUUCUUUGAAUAAAUGGCGAGACAUGGAUUUAGGAGAUUGUAAUUUUCAUCCCACGACUAUUUCAUGGUCUAAGUCUGCAGGACAUAAAUACAUUGCUAUUGGCUAUUCAAACGGAGUCGUUGCAUUAUUCGAUUUAAGCACUGAAUCUGAAUUAUUAAGAAUGGAAAUUGACGAUUUACCAGUUUACUUUCCUUAUAAGACGUUUUUGGCGCAUACAGAUGCUGUAACAGGAUUACAACUAUUUCAUCUAAACGGUGGUAACCGUUGGUUGGUUACUGGUUCUAAUGAUCGUAUGGUGAAAUUUUGGGAUUUGCAGCAAACUGUAAUUCCAAUUUAUAUUAAUCAACGGACAUAUGUUAGUCAACUGUUGUGGCUUAUUAAUUAUGUUGGCACAAUCGAUGCGCAUAAGGACUUUCUCAGUUCCCUGUUACAAAGUACAACGGUAUCUCACAUUCGAGAGUUUGCUGGCAGUGUUAAUAAUGUGUUGAUGUAUUCUGGAACUUCGGUGAAUUCCAUAAGUUGUAAUGAGUGGUCUAGUAUCAUAGUUCAAGGCAACGAAAUGGGCGAAGUGAUUGGUUGUCAUUUUAACAACUUUUUCUCAAACGCGCCACCAAAGAGAUUUUAUAUUAGCAACAUUGGGUUAGAAGGAAAACUGGCUACAGUUAAUAAAGAUACAACAGUUUAUCCUACCUAUAAAGAUGUUUGUGAUAAUUUUAACGCAGUUUCCAAUGAUUAUGAUAUGAAAUAUUAUUUGAAAGUGAUUAGAAAGUCGGAGGCUCUUGUCGGCACUAGGGGACCUCAUUCAUCUCCUAAACCUAAUAUAUUCCCUAUACAAGCAGUGACGCAAAUUUCGGUUAAUCCAAACCGACAUAGUUACUAUUAUACUGCUGCAGGAUAUAAAUUAGGUUUUGUUAAGAUUUUCAAAAUGAGAAUGUUUCAAUCCAAUUAA